AUGCGUCUACUGGAAUUUUUUAACAACCAGCGACCAAAUGAAGAUACUGACAAAUCGUUGGUGAAAAACCCAUCAAACUUUGUACCACCAAAGUCAGAAGAUAGAUACCUCAACAUGUUUAUUGAAGCAACAGCGAACUACCAUAAACACAACACAACGGCGAAGAAAAACAACCUAUCCAGAGCCGAACAAGACGCAUUGGACAAAUUGAAAAACGAUGACACAAUUAUCAUUAAGGAGGCUGAUAAAGGCGGAGCGACCGUGGUCAUGGACAAAACAUUUUAUUGUGCUAAAAUACAAGAAAUGCUGGCCGACAACGAACACUACGCAGAACUGACAGACACGAACUAUGAUGAUAAAAUCAUCAAAAAAAUUGGAACACACUUGAAAAAAUUCGACAAGGAAACAACAAGGAAAGAGAAAGAUUACUUGCAGAAUUUCGCCUGGAAAACCUCCAACUUCUAUGGACUACCAAAAAUCCACAAAUCACAAGCCGUAAAAGAAGCCAUAGAACAACAAAACUCCACGUACAUCAAGAUACAAGCGCCACCAGAUCUAAAACUUCGCCCGAUUGUUGCUGGUCCAUCGUCACCCACACAUCGAUUGAGCAAUUUGAUAGACAUAAUUUUGAAGCCCCUGUGUCAACAUGUACCAAGUUUCAUCCGCGAUGACCUCGAUUUUUUAAGCCACCUCCCAGAAACAGUCAAUGAUAACGCACUCCUUGUAUCAUUUACGAGUAUUCCGCAUGAACUCGGCCUUACAGCUAUCGAAUACUGGAUUGACAACUUUGGAAAUUCUCUCAACCGAUCGUUUUCUAAAGAAUUCAUCAUGGAAUCGAUUACAAUUGUCCUGAAAGAGAACACUUUCCACUUCGACAAUAAAUUAUAUCAACAAAUUCAGGGAACAGCGAUGGGGACGAAAAUGGCCCUAACUUAUGCGACCCUCGUACUUGGAUACCUGGAAGAGAAACUGUACUCAGAAUUCGAAACGCGAUUUGGUAGUGAACAAAAGGAGGAAUUUGUACGCGCUUUCCAGAGAUAUUUAGACGAUUGUUUCACAAUCUGGAACAAAUCAGAGGAAGAUCUGAGGAAACUACAUGCUAUGUUAACCAGUCUCCACGAAAGCAUCAAUUUCACGGUAGAAUUUGACAACGCCAAGCUGCCAUUUCUAGAUGUGUUAGUGUACAAGCAAGAUGACAAGUUGAAUACGGACAUCUUCUACAAGGCAACUGACACAAACCAAUAUCUCAACUUUAACUCGUGUCAUCCCAAACACACGAAAACCAACAUCCCUUACAGCCUGGCUCGUCGCAUAUGUUGCAUUGUGUCAGACCCACACAUCAAAACAAAACGACUCUGCGAACUCGAAAAAUUCCUGUUACAACAAAACUACCCUAAGAACCUCAUCACAAAGGGAAUAGAGAAAGCAACCUCUCUACCAAUGGCCGAACUUAGAACACCAAAAAACAGAGAUGACAACGCAAAGAUCCUUCCGUUGGUUUUGACACAUAAUCCCAACAACCCACAAGUAAUCAAUAAGAUAAAACAGGACAUGCAAUUCCUAGAGAACUCCGAGAACAUGAAAACAAUUCUGGAAAGUACAAAGUUUAUUGUCAGCCGCCGCCAGCCAAAAAACUUGAAGAAACAACUAACACAAGCCCGGUUCGUUUCCGAGAGAACUCCCAGCAGUGUGACAAAAUGCGGAGAAACAAGAUGCGGUACCUGUGCAAUCAUAGUGACCGGAGUUGAUAUCAAACUGAAGAACGGCAAAGCGUGGAAUAUAAAAUGUCAGAUGAAUUGUAAAUCGCGGAACGUUAUAUACGUUCUACUCUGCACAAAAUCAAAAGUUUUUAUGUCGGCCAACUGA